CUCUAUCUAGAUCUUUGGUCUGGUUCUUCCUCUUCUUCCUCAGCCUCACAACUUUCUCGCUCUUCGUUUUCACCGACCGCCAACACACAUUCACUCCCACACUUUCAACUACUUCCAAUUUCUUCUCAAUUCCAAUUCCGAUUUCCAAGCUGCUCUAAUUCUCAUUUUUUUUUUUAAAUCAAUUAUUAAUUAUGGCUUCCAACGUUUCUUUGGUUUAGAGGAGUAUUGUUUUCUGCUUGGAUUGAUUUCGGCAUAAUUGCUCUUUUUUAGAAAGAUGAAGAGUGUCCGGGAAUGGUUUUUCUCUCAGAUAGUAUCCAAGUCAGUGGUAUCUUCUAGACCACUAUCAGGCAGUGACAGUUUCUUUGAUGAAGAACCUGUUGAUGAAGAGCUUGAUGACCAAGGUGAAGCUCGUUCAUCCAGUUUGGAGGCAACACCUGUCUCUCAUGCGCCGUGCUCUUCUAAUAGCAACCAGGAAAAUCAUCCUCAACCCUCAAUGCAGCAACUUGUGAUUAAUUAUUCUAACAAUUCUCACCAUGGUACCAAUGAAAAAAAGAUUGAUCCACUGAUAAAGAUUGAGGACCUUCAAGUCAAGUUCCUGCUUCUUCUUCGCCGGCUUGGGCUGCCAGAGAACAAUCUUCUAGUUGCAAAGGUUCUAUAUCGAAUUCACCUAGCAACUCUGAUACGGGCAGAGGAUUCGGAUCUGAAAAGAAUCUAUCGUGGUAGCAAUAAGGCCAGAGCUAUAGUAGCAGAACGAGAAGCAGCUGGCCUGCCUGAAUUGGAUUUCUCUAUCAGAAUACUUGCUCUUGGAAAAACAGGGGUUGGCAAGAGUGCUACAAUAAAUUCUAUAUUUGAUCAGACUAAAACUAUGACAGAUGCAUUUCGACCUGCUACAGAUCACAUUCAAGAGGUUGUGGGAACUGUUAAUGGAAUUAGAAUAACCAUCAUUGAUACUCCUGGUCUUUUACCUCCAUCUGCAAGUAGUGCUAAAAGAAAUAAGAGGAUCCUACAUUCUGUGAAGAGAUUCAUAAGAAAAUCACCACCUGACAUAGUAUUAUACUUUGAUCGCUUAGACCUUGUCAGUAUGAGCUAUAAUGACUUCCCUCUUUUCAAACUUAUUAGUGAUGUGUUUGGUGCUGCAAUUUGGUUCAACACCAUUCUUGUCACGACUCAUUCUUCCUCUGCACUUCCAGAGGGACCUAAUGGUUACCCCAUAAACUUUGAAUCUUACGUGUCCCACUUCACAGAUUAUGUGCAGGAGAAUAUACAGCAGGCAGUCGCUGACCCAAGGCUUGAAACCCCUGUACUUUUAGUUGAGAACCAUCCUCAGUGCAAGAAAAAUACGAUGGGGGAAAAGAUUCUUCCCAAUGGGCAGGUUUGGAGAUCACAAUUUUUGCUAUUAUGCAUUUGUACUAAAGUUCUCAGUGAUGUCAAUGUCAUCUUGAAAUUGCAAGAGAGUAUUGAGCUGGGGCCAGUGAAUGCAUCCAGGCUACCUUCUCUUCCGCACCUCCUCUCAUCUCUUCUAAGGCAUUGUCAGACAGUGAGUCCAAGUGGAGGUGACAAUGACAUUGAUGAAAGCUUAAUCUUAGAUGCAGAGGAAGAAGAUGAGUAUGACCAACUACCUCCAAUCCGUAUCCUGACAAAAUCUCAGUUUAAGAGACUGACUAAGUCACAGAAAAAAGAAUAUCUCGAUGAAUUGGACUAUAGAGAGACUCUAUAUUUGAAGAAACAAUUAAAAGAGGAGCAUGCCAAGCGGAGGGAGAACAAGCUUCUCAUGGGGGAAAAGUUAGCAAAUGAUGAUAAUGCGGAUAGUCAGCAAGCAUCCGCAGAAGAUGUCUCGCUACCGGAUGCGGCAUUUCCUCCAAGUUUUGACUCAGAUUUCCCUGUGCAUAGAUAUCGUUGCCUUGUUACAAGUGAUCAGUGGCUUGUGAGACCAGUCCUUGAUCCCCAAGGAUGGGAUCAUGAUGUUGGCUUUGAUGGAGUAAGCAUCGAAACAGCUAUGGCUAUAAACCAGGAUGUUUUUGCCUCAGUCACUGGGCAGAUGAGCAAGGACAAGCAGGAUUUUAGUAUUCAAUCCGAGUGCGCUGCAUCUUACUCGGGACCUGGUGGAGCUACUUAUUCUGUUGGUUUAGAUGUUCAGUCUGCCGGAAAGGAUUUGAUGUAUACAGUUCACAGCAAUACAAGGCUUCCAAACUUGUGGCACAACUUUGGUGACUGUGGUGUUUCAUUGACCUCCUUUGAUAACAAGUAUUACAUUGGCGCCAAGCUUGGAGAUUCCAUUUCAUUGGGGAAGAGAUUGAAAUUUGUAGUUAAUGCUGGUAGAAUGAGUGGUCCUGGGCAAGCAGCAUAUGGAGGGAGCUUUGAAGCUAUUGUUAGGGGAAGAGACUACCCAGUCAGAAAUGACAUGGUCAGUCUGACAAUGACUCUUCUCUCUUUAAAAAAGGAGAUGGUAUUGACUGGAAAUGUACAGUCUGAGUUUCGACUUAAUCGGAACUUGAAAGUAUCAGUCAACGCCAACAUGAAUAGUCAGAAGAUGGGGAGGAUUAACGUCAAAACAAGCAGUGCCGAGCAUUUGCAAAUUGCGCUAAUUGCAGCUUUCACACUCGUCAAAGCCCUUUCUCGAAGAAGAAAAGGAACUGAAAGCUUAAAUGGGGAAGAAAUAGAGAGCUGAUGGAAUUUCUAUUGCUUAUUUGGUACUGAGGUAUUUUUGUUUCAAGUGGGCAUGGGCCAUCUUAUUACAGAGAACCGAGUUACGGGUGUUUCCACCCUAUUAAGGAGGAGCCAAGAGUAGGAGAUAUUCAUUCCCAUUGUUCCAUGUUCCAACUUCUCUUGAGACAUCUAUAUGAGAUUGAGACAACUUCUCUGGAAAAUGUAAUGAUGCUGCCGAGUGACAUGAUCAGUUUUUGGUCAUAUGAUCACAAAUUCAAGUUCAGUUUCUGAAUUCUGAGGGUUCAGUUGACAGCCAUUUUUGUUUUAUAUAAUUAUAUUCUCAAAGGAAAUGAGGCAAAGAAGUGUACAGUGAAUAGUGGAGAUGAAUUUUCAUUUUGAUAGCAAGGUUGAUCUAAAUAAUAGUAAAUCAUAAUUUGAAUAAAUGAUGUCUGUUUAGCUUUAUCAUGUUCUUGCUCAACAAUAAGGUAUAGUUGGUGUAUUAGCACACAAGAUUUUUCUCCAUUUGACCUUUCUU